AUGGGAGGCUUUUACAUGCAGUAUCUCGAGAGUCUGUGCCGGCGUCGUGGGUGGCAAGACCCUACGUACGAGUGUUACAGAGACCACAGUGGCUUUACAUGCCUGGUUCUGGUCAACGGACGCGAGUACCAGACAGAUCUUGCAUACGAAUCGGACAACCUGGCCCAGGAGAAUGCAGCCAUGAGAGCCUUCAUGGUCUGCCGGAACUUUUCAGUCAAUGGAGGCAUGCUGGCCCGCAACGGCAUCGUUCAGGGGCUUCCGGCCAAUGAUUCCGGCAGGCGCAAGAAGUCUCGUCAUACUUCAUCCAGCCACAGCCAUGGACACAGGGACAGCCGCCACAGGUCUGGGCAUCACUCGAGCAGCAGCUCGACCGCGUCCUUCGAGUGA